AGGUCAUUUAGAACCGCGAUAAGAUUGCCGCUCUGAUUCCCAUUUGUAUAUAAUAAAUCAACCCCCGGGGAACAAAACUGUUCAGUUGACACAAUUAUGAAGGCUAAGGUGGGCAUCGUUUUGUUGCUGGCUCUAGGAGCCUUGGCCAGUCCUAUCGAUCAACGGCUUUCGCUGAUCCGCGAUGAAGCAGGUAACUUGCACUUGGUCAACCCGGAUCCGUACACCGUGAUCGAAGAGAAUCUUGAGCCACUUUUCACGCCGGAAACCGAUGUCAUCUUCCGAUUGUUCACGCGCAGUAACCCAGUUCACGGACAAAUUCUACAAUGGAACAAUGCAGCUUCGGUGAGCAACUCCAACUUUAACGCAGCUCACCCAACCCGUUUCACGAUCCACGGCUGGAACGGCGGUGAAACAUCUGGAUUGCACGGUAACAUCCGUAACAAUUAUUUUGCCGUUGGUGAUUUCAACGUGAUCAGCGUGGACUGGGGUGCAGGAGCAAACACCAUCAACUACAUUACUGCUAGAAAUCGGGUGGCUUCAGUAGGCGAUAUCAUGUCACGGAUGAUCAAUACAUUGGUUUCGGCUUCCGGUAUUUCGCGGAACAGCAUCAGCUUGAUUGGUCACAGCUUGGGAGCUCACGCCGCUGGUAAUGCCGGUAAACUGCAAAACGGUCAGAUUCAGACAAUCAUUGGACUGGACCCGGCUGGACCUCUGUUCUCAUUGGGUCAAUCCGAUAUCAUGCAUCCAAACGAUGCGCAGUACGUCGAAGCUGUGUUCUCCAAUGCUGGACUUCUGGGAUUCGACCUUCCACUUGGUGAUUCCAACUUCUAUCCUAAUGGAGGUCGCUCGCAGCCCGGAUGUGGCAUCGAUCUGGCUGGUAACUGCGCUCAUUCGAGAGCUCACGAGCUGUUUGCCGAGUCGGUUUCAAGUACGGUAGGAUUCCGUGCAACCAGAUGUGCGUCGCACAAUGAGAUCAUGGCUGGAAAUUGCACACCCAGUGGCGCGGACGCCCGUAUGGGCGGUGAGCCGUCGAAUCACGGCCGAGGAGUUAACGGAGCCUUCAGAUUCAACACGAACUCCGCUUCUCCGUUUGCCAUGGGGUAAAUGGCACGAGUGAUUUAGGAUUAAAUAGGUAGCCGUAUUGACUGAUUAGAGCUUAUGGGCGAAUAAACUCUUCAUUUUCAAAUGAUCAAAAA